AUGGGAGCCAGCAAGUACAAUCUCAGUCCUGACCAGCAGUAUUGGUGGCAGUUUGUGGAACCUUCACUCUCCUCCAUGCUGGAAUAUGCCGGCCAGUACACGCCCGAGGAGCAAGAUAGUCAUCUGGAAUGGUACGCCACCCAGGUGACGCCCAUAUUCGGCAUUCAACCGUCUGAAGAAACCCCGGACCCGAACCCAUUCACUCAUGAUUCCAGCCCGUGCCACAUCAGCAUCAACUGGUGCUCCAAGGGGAAGCCCACGGUGCGCAGCGGCAUGACGCGACCACACGACGUCUUCAACAGCCAGGCCUUUGUCGACGAGCUGCAGCCCGCAAUGGAGACGUCUGACCAGCCGGACAGAGCCAUCUUUGACGGUCUGGCAAAGUCUUUGUUCCUCAAGGAUCCGCAAGAGAUCGCCAAGGUCAAGGCUGUGGUCCCGCCCCACCUGCACACGCGCAUACCCAAUAUUGGCAUCGCCUGGGACCUCGUCGGGGCCAAGAGGAAGUUGAAGUUGUACCACAACCCACAAGCCAAGAAGCUCGCUACAAGCAGGACCGGCAACGACAUCAUCGUCAGCAGCAUCAGGGCUCUGGCGAAUGAUGGCUACAACUACAACGAGGCCAUGGACGUGCUCGAGCGAUACGUGACCGAGCUUAACCCAGAAAAGUUGGAGCUCAUCAUCAUUGGCAUGGACGCCGCCGAGCCGACUCUACCAACCACGCGCAUCAAGCCGUAUGGCAUCGUCGCCGAAGCCAACUCCUGGGAGACAGUCAAGAAUAUUUACACCCUCGGCGGCCAGGUCCUAAACCAAGAGCGCAAGCAAGGCCUUGAUAUCCUGCGUUCCAUCUGGGACCUCAUGCGCUGUCACAGAGGACAACGCCUUGCCGACGAUUAUCACAUGCCCAAGAACGACUCGAGCUCGACCCGAGGCGUCUUGACCCCCAGCUUUGAGGUGAAGCCGGGCCAAUCUCUUCCCGACGUCAAGGUCUACGUCAGCCAGUGGCAGUUUGCCAAAACGGACCGCGAGAUUGCCGAGUGCACCGUCGAGAUCUUCAAAAGAUUGGGGUGGCAAAAGGAGGCAGAUUCCUACUUCAACCUGUUGCAAAAAGCAUUGUCAAUGAAAAUCCCGGGUCGGGCCGUAGGAGAAGUGGCGACAAACGGGAAGUUGUUUGAGGGUAAAUACACCGGAUGGCCGGCACACCUAGACUCGGCCUAA